GCUAAAAGAUUCUUCAAAACUAAAGGAUGAUGCUGAUGUUCUGCUUCUGACAUUCUCUCUCUCUCUAGAACAUUAAAGACUAAACCCUUUUUUUCUUCAAACCGAACUCUCAGAUUUAUAUUCUUCCCAUCUUUAACCAAUUCCAAGUUUCUCCACAGCUUGGGGUUGAUUUCACAUGAAAGCUGCUCUCUUUCUUCACUAAACAUGGAUUCUUCAAGGUGAUAAUCAAAGAAAAGCUUGUUUUUUCUCUCUAAGGUUUUGCUUGUGUGCAAAAUAGAUUAGGCUUCUUUGUUAGAUUAGGGACAAGAAAUCAUCUGGGUUUAGGUUACUUUUGCUGAUAACGACGAAAAAACUAGAGUAAUAUUAUGACUAUAAUGGAGGAGAAGCAGAGUAGCCCUGUUUCAGAGAAGCAGAGUAGCUCUGUUUCAGAGCAGCAGAGUAGCUCUGUUUCAGAGCAGCAGAGUAGCUCUGUUUCAAAGAAGCAGCAGAGCUUUAGUCAGAAGGAACCAAUGGGGAAGCAACAGAGUUUUGGAUGUGGUGAGAGUAAUCAGCCUAGAAAGGCCAAAGCUUUAGAGAAACAAGUUAGUUUCCAAGGCGUCAAUGUUGAGAGCCAUCAUCAGCAUCAGCCAAGUAGACUCAGGAGGUCAAUGGAGAAGCAACUGAGUUUUCGAGGUGUGGCCACUGUUGAGAAUCAUAAACGUGGUGUUAUGGAGAAGCUUCCUAGCUUUGGUAAAUCAUCAAUGGAGAGGCAGAAGAGUUUCCGUGGUUUAGGGUUUCUUGAGAAGCAGAAGAGUUUCCGUGUGGUGAUGGAGAGGCAGCUGAGUUUCAUUGGUGAGAGGAGGAAGAAGAGUGAGUCACCUGGGAAGAGAGGUGACUCGCCUCUUCAUAUAGCGGCUAGGACUGGGAACUUGGGUAAGGUUAAAGAGUUGAUACGAGGUUGUAGUUGUUGUGAUGGAGAUGGUGAAGAGUUGAGAGAGUUGUUGUCUAAGCAGAAUCUUGAAGGAGAGACUCCUCUUUAUACUGCUGCGGAAAAUGGGCAUUCAUUUGUUGUUGAGGAGAUGUUGAAGCAUAUGAAUCUUGAAACAGCUUCUAUUGCAGCUAGAAACGGGUUUGAUCCUUUCCAUGUCGCAGCUAAACAAGGCCAUCUUGAGGUGUUGAAGAAACUGUUGGAGACAUUCCCAAAUUUGGCAAUGACAACAGAUUUAUCAUGUACAACUGCUUUACACACGGCUGCAACACAAGGACACAUUGAUGUGGUGAAUCUUCUUUUGGAGACAGACUCUAACUUAGCUAAGAUAGCUAAGAACAACGGUAAAACCGCGCUUCACUCAGCAGCAAGGAUGGGUCAUGUGGAAGUUGUUAAAGCUUUGAUAGGUAAUGAUCCAAGCAUUGGGUUUAGAACCGAUAAAAAGGGGCAAACUGCUCUUCACAUGGCUGUGAAAGGUCAGAAUGAUGGGAUCGUUGUUGAGUUGGUGAAACCUGAUGUUGCGGUUUUGAGCGUUGAGGAUAACAAAGGGAACACACCGUUGCACAUUGCUACUAACAAAGGGCGUGUUAAGAUAGUGCAGUGUUUGGUAACUUUUGAAGGCAUUAACCUCAACCCAAUAAACAAAGCUGGAGACACACCACUAGACAUAGCUGAAAAGAUAGGAAAUGGAGAGCUUGUGACAGUUCUAAAAGAAGCAGGAGCUGCUACAGCUAAAGACCUUGGGAAGCCUCAAAACCCAGCCAAGCAACUGAAGCAAACGGUCAGCGACAUUAAACACGAGGUACAAUCUCAGCUUCAACAAUCAAGACAAACCGGUGUAAGAGUCCAAAAGAUAGCAAAAAGACUCAAGAAGCUCCACAUCAGCGGUCUAAACAACGCUAUAAACUCAGCAACCGUUGUGGCUGUGCUUAUAGCCACAGUGGCCUUUGCAGCAAUCUUCACAAUCCCAGGCCAAUACGAAGAGGAUCCAUCUAAAGAAGCGUUGCUAGGACAAGCUCACAUAGCGAACAAAGCACCGUUUCUUGUCUUCUUCGUUUUUGACAGCUUGGCGUUGUUUAUAUCGUUAGCUGUUGUUGUGGUGCAGACAUCUGUUGUUGUGAUUGAGCAGAAGGCGAAGAAGAAGCUUGUGUUUGUGAUCAACAAGCUAAUGUGGUGUGCUUGUUUGUUCAUAUCUAUUGCCUUUGUUUCUCUUUCUUACAUUGUUGUGGGGAGAGAGGAGAUGUGGUUGGCUGUUUGUGCUACUGUUAUUGGUGGCACGAUCAUGUUGACAACGAUUGGUGCCAUGUGUUACUGUGUGGUAAUGCAUAGGAUGGAGGAGUCUAAGUUGAAGAGUAUAAGGAAAGAGAGAAGCAAGUCUCAGUCUUUCUCUAUGUCUCGUAUGGCUUCUGAUUCGGAGAUUUUAAAUGGUGAAUACAAUAAGAGAAUGUAUGCACUUUGAACAAUAGAUUUCGAUAGAAGGGUCUACUCAUGUAAGAAUAACCAAUAUAUAUACUUUAAUUUUUUGUACUUGUAAACCAUUACCAUUCGAUAUUUGUAAUGGGUUCGUUGGAGAAUCAACUCAAUAUACAGUACAGUUUUCUAAUAUACGAUGGUACCUGAAUCUUAGUUGUGAAUGAUAUAUAGUGUCAUUUGUUUGAAUA